AUGACAACAAUGCAAGAUCGCAAGAGCAUGCUAACUCAAACUAUUGAUAAAAUUAUAACGCAAAAGAUUGAGGAGGCAGACUGCAACAUUAAGCCAGAUCAAGCUAUCAAUAAACUCUUAAUACAGGAGAUUGGAAAGGGUUUCAAAGCUUAUAUAGAAAAGCUAGAUGAAGAAUACGAUUCUGAGUCGGAUUUUGAUUUUAUAUCUAUUCGCAAACCCACAGUUAAAAAUCCUGUUGCUACUAAUAAU